GUGCCUCGCCCCGCCCCGCAGGCGCCCACGCUCCCGCCCGCCUCCUGCUCCCGGCUGCCGGGGCUGAGGUGGAGCGGAGGACGCCAGCCGGGGUGCGGCGCCGUCGCCUUCUCUGCUCGCGCGUUUGGGGUCGGUGCGGGAGUCGGGGAAGCCAGAAUAUAGUGUUUAAUGAAAAAUCCAUGAUUAAGUGGUGAAAAUGGCAGGCUUCCUAGAUAAUUUCCGUUGGCCAGAAUGUGAAUGUAUUGACUGGAGUGAGAGAAGAAAUGCCAUGGCCUCUGUGGUAGCAGGUAUAUUGUUUUUUACAGGUUGGUGGAUAAUGAUUGAUGCAGCCGUGGUAUAUCCUAAGCCAGAACAGUUGAACCAUGCAUUUCACACAUGUGGUGUAUUUUCCACAUUGGCUUUCUUCAUGAUAAAUGCUGUGUCCAACGCUCAGGUGAGAGGUGACAGCUAUGAAAGCGGCUGUUUAGGAAGAACAGGUGCUCGAGUUUGGCUCUUCAUUGGUUUCAUGUUGAUGUUCGGGUCACUUAUUGCUUCAAUGUGGAUUCUUUUUGGUGCAUAUGUUACGCAAAAUACUGAUGUCUAUCCAGGACUAGCUGUGUUUUUUCAAAAUGCACUUAUAUUUUUUAGCACUCUGAUCUACAAAUUUGGAAGAACUGAAGAGCUAUGGACCUGAGAUGACUUCUUAAAUCACAUUUUCCUUUUGUUAUAUUCUAUUUGUAGAUAAGUUUUUAUCUCCCAAUAUAAUUUACACAUUGCCAAAUGGAAUAGAUUGUACAUUAAAUGUAUUGUUUCUUUAUACUUUCAUGCUGAGUUUUGAAGUAGUUUUAUGAAAUUUCUGUCCUUUUUUUCACUGACUAGAUUGUUAAUAUGUACUUAAGACUAUACAGAUGGGAUGAUGAGUAUCAGUUUUUUAUUCCUGCAGACUUAAAGCUGGAUCUGCUCCCUGAGUCAGGAUUGUACCAUCAUGUCAUUUUAGAGUUAACUACUUUGUUUCAGUAUCUCUAAUUUCUGAAGCUGUGCAAAAAAUUCAGCUUGGAAUAUCUGAAAUAAGCACUGAGCCAUUAAAAAGGGUAUUUCCGCAAGUUGUAAUUUAUUUUGGCUUAAAAAUUAGAUUUUUUUAAAGGAAAAAUAUUUGUUCUUACGUAUUAAAGAAGUGGACUUUUAUAUGAAGAUUUUUUAAUUGCCUGAAGGAUAGUCUGAAAGCAUCUUUUAAAAACAAUUCCUCUCAUAUGACUUUAUUUAAAGAGAAGGGAUAAUAAAUGCAUGAUCAGAUAAGCUCAGUUUUAUAUGGUUCAUGUAAAAAGACUGUAAGGCAGCUCAGCAAUGUGCUUCUUACAAAAGCAGCUUAAAUAAUCUAUCUCCUGGGGUUCUCUUUUGACAGCCUACUAUUAUCUGAUAUUACAAAAUUCAAUAUCAAGCAACUUUGAGACAACUGCAUUUUAAAAAGCAUGAACCAUAGAGCAAAAAGAGUAGUUUCAAGAUAAAGCACUUCUUCCCAAAGAGAAUUAUUAUGACCUAGUGAAAAAUUAGUCAUUUCAUCCACUUAGUUACUGACUGCAAGUCUCUUUCGCUGCAGCUCUCAAGCUUUGGGGGAACUCCUCUUGCAAAGCAUAUCUUUAAGCUGAAAGUUCAUACGCCAGUCAAAAACUUGCUAAGCUGAGUUGGAAACACUGUAUUUGCACUGUGUGUAUUCCUGUGGGAGAUUUCAGGGGGACAGUCGGGUCUUUAUUGCUGCUCUGGCUUUCCCUUGUUGUACAGGUUUUCUGUUGCAAUUUUUUCCUCCAGGGGUUUUUAUAGAGCCUUUUGUUGUAAGACAGCAUAAUAUCAGUGGUAUUCUAUGCAAGCCUUAUUUCGCUUAGCUUCUCUCCUGUCUGAGAGGAUUUACUGCGCACAGAGUAUGAAGCAGUUGUGGAAUGCUGUGCCUUUGUCUCCACACUGUCUUGUUUAAUCACUUCUCUCUGUUUUUUUCCUCAGAAUGUCAGUAAACUUUGUCUUGCUUCCAACCAGUUGUAAGAGGAAUUACUUGUUUCCACUCUCUUGUAACCUGUGGCAAUAAAUACUACUUCUCACACA